CGGGGAGGCCGCCGGGGGAGAUGAUAUCAGGCGCCGGGCAGGAGGACCGGGCGAAGCCGGAGGUGAGCGGGGGUGUGCCGUGAACGCUGUCAGGGAGCCCGGCCGCCUCCGCCACCUUCUCCGUUUAUCCCCGCGCCGCCGCGGGCAGGCUGCCCGGCCGGCUGAGAGCAUGUCAUUCCCUGUGGAUAUAUUGAACAACUACAGCCAUGAGGAGCUGGAGAACUCAGCAGAGGACUACCUCUUUGACCUUCGGUGGGGGAAUCCAAACUCUCCUGAAUUCUUUUCUCUACCAGACCAUCGCAAGGUUCCCAUUAGCUUAACGUCUGUAGGCUUUGUUCCUCUUUAUGGUGAAGAGCAGACACACAAAGUUCUUGCGCUGUUUGCACCAUGGGACUCACUCACAGCUGUAGCCCUGUAUCUUGCUGACCAGUGGUGGUCAAUUGAUGACAUUGUGAGAACAUCUGUCCCUGCUAGACAGGGGCUCCAUCAGGUGAAGUCUGUUGGAGAGAGAAUUGUUCUCUAUGUUCUGAAUCGAAUUAUCUAUCGAACGCAAGAAAUGGAAAAAAAUGAGAUCCCGUUUCUCUGUCAUGGUAGCAGCCACUUUGCUAAGAUCAUGUGGAAAAAAGGAGAGGCUGUUGGGUUCUAUUCCGUCAAACCUACAGGAAGUGUUUGUAGAUCUCUUCUCCAUCAGAAGUAUAAGUUGCCAGUGCUAGACACAAUGUUUGUUAGAAAGAAACAUCGUGGGAAAGACUCUGGGCUAAUCAUGUUGGAAGAUUUUGUGGAUUCCUUUACUGAAGAGCCUCUUGGCCUGCGAUAUCCACUGUCAUCCUUAAUGUAUACAGCUUGUAAGCAAUACCUUGAGAAGUAUCCUGGGGAUAAAAACCUUCUGUGGCAAGUGGAGGGAGGAGGAGAUUGGUUCCAGAGAAAGUCUAUGAUGUCUAUAGUGCAAAAGGAAAAUCUCAGAAUUGCAGAGGCCUCAAAGAAGGAAAGUAAGAGUUUGCAAGCAGAGGAUAAUCUUAGUCAAUCUGCAGUAUCUGAAGCAAGUGGACAAAGGAUGGAGGUAGAAACACAGCUAAGUGCUGACUCUCAAAAAGGUAAAGAAUCAACAGAUGUCCACGCAAGCACAUCUGAAGACCCUAACGUAACUCAUGUUUCCACCUGGACACGAAGUGGUCAUUUAAAACGUCAGAGGCUAAAUAAAAAUAGACAGGAACCUGGACUUGAAACUGCCCAGCGAGAUGAGGAAAAUACUCUUCAAGUGUCCAAAAGCAGGCCGGAACUUCUUGCCCACACAUCUGAAAGCUCUGAAGAUUUAGUAGAAGUGCCUAAGGGGGAUACUGCUGAGAAGGAUGAGGAAAUAAUUGUUGAAAAUGAUGGCCAGUCAGUAUUAGAAGAGGAAAUGCAUGCAUCACCCUCUGAGAAACAAAGUGAAACAGAGGAAAUGCCAUCAGAACCUCUUAAUGGUGAGGUCACAGAAGAAACUGGUAAAACUUCACUCGUGGCUGAAGGGGAGACAGUAAAUGAAGUUCCCAGUGGUGAAUCAAAAUUGCCAUCUGAGAAUCAAGGGAAAGAACCUGUAACGCUGUUUGUUCCGCUAACCCUUGAUACUCCAGCAAAACCUCCAGAAGACACUGAAUCAGAGAAGGCUUUAAAUGAAAAUGAUUCAGAAAUGCUGACUGAAGAAGUUGCAUCAGUAGAGAAGGAGGGUACCGAAGAGCAGCAAGAAUCUGAAAAGGCCAGCACUGAAAAUGCAGCUGCUUCAGCAUCAAAGGAGGAGCCUUCUGACAAUGGCCUGCCCAACUCUGUGGUAACUGAGGCAGCGGAAGAAUCUGUUUCUGAAAACUUACCUUCCUCAUUAGAAGAUCAAAAUGAGGAAGCAGGGCACAACUCGCAGGAGACCCCUGCUGCCUUGGGUCAGAGCUCUUUGGUGAUGGUUGAACUUGAGGGCGUUUCUUUUCAGCAGCCUUCUGGACAGGAAGCACAGAAGAGCCAGCUGGAGGAGCCCUCGGAAGAGUCUGCAGAGCAGACGGAUCACUACACGCAGGCAGUGGCAGAGCGGGCUGCUGACAGCAGCUCUGAGGAGGCAGAAAUCGAGGUACCCAUUGUGGAUCGGAGAAACUUGCGAAGAAAGGCUAAAGGCUACAAAGGGCCACCCAAGAAAAAAGGAAAGCCAGCUUAAAAAUCAAACAGUGGUAAUUCAUCUAUUUAUAACUAGGCUAUUUUGUGUAAAACAUUAGGGUGUAACCGCACCGUAUCUGGCACAGGACACAAGUGUUUAAAAUUCUGGAUUUCCUCGGGUUCAUCGUUUUUCCUCAAGUUUUUGUUUGGUUGUUUUUUAUAUUUAAGCACUAGAAAUUGAACUUCUUUGUAGUAUGAAAGUAAAUAGCCAGUCUCCUCUCUUCAUAAAGGUUGUGCUAUCAAAGGGGAUGGUUUGUAUAUUUGAGGUGGUAGUCAUGGAAGAAAAAUGCAUUGUGAAAUCCUGGCUCUGUCAAGAUCCCUUAAACUGCUGUAGACUUCUAUGUCAUUGGACAUCACUUGAGAUAAUAUGGUUUUUUUUAAUAACUUUUGUGUUCUCUACUGUGGAGAAAAGCAGAACAAGAAAAAUCCUCCUUUGUUUCUUGUUCCCUUCCCACAGGCUUAAGAGAUUAAAAGAAUAUAAGAUUCUUCAUUCUAAGUCUCAAAAUGUACAAGAAGGUGUAGCUCAGUAGAUCAAUGCAACGUGGGCAGCACUUGUCUUUCAUGAGAACCACCUGAAGUAGCUGAGUUGGUAGAAUUCAGUGCAGUGUCUGCCGCAGUGCUGCCUGAUAAUGGAUUUCUUGAGCAAAGAUUAAGAGAUGCCUACUCACUAAAUAAGAGAUGCCUACUCACUAAACUAUUUGUAGCUUCCAAAGCAAGCAUUUUGGUAAGCCCAAGUUUUUCCCAGAGUGUAUGCAAUGAAGCCUCCGUAUGGAAUCAUUUGAACUACCUUCCUACCUACUUGCAUGUAUUGAGUGGAUAGCUGAUUACUUGUUGUAUUACAGGAAAAGGAUAUGACAACUCUUGAUCUUGUUUUGGUCUGAAUGGAAGUGGUUCUUUGUGUUUUCCAAAUACUUGGCUGGUGCUGUGGGGUAACUAUUAAAAUGUUGUGUCUUCCAGGUGUGUGACUCCUGUGAGCACUGACAUUUCAGGUGGUUGUGAUACUUGUUAGUGUGAGUAUCAGUGGGUAUUUCAGCAAAUGCUUGUUUGCCAAACUUCUCUGCCUUUAGGAUUUAGUGGGUGAUACCUUGCAAAUACUUCUGAUUCCCACUUUUGUUUUCUAACUUGAGUGUAAUUCCUGGGAUGGUAUCUUCCCAGUUGAUGACUUUUCUUAAGCAACCGAGCUUUGCUGUAUGCAGACAAGAACAAACCCAGAUUUUCAUGCUUAUUUCCUUUCUGAGGUUCUCUUGACAAACCGUGGACUUCACUUGUCACACAUACCUGUGUUAGCCUUAGUUUGCUAUGGGUUUUUUUCCCCAAUAAAUGCAGCUCCUUUUUUAACGGGCUAAAAACUCAGAAAUAAAAGAACAGUGAUUCUGAGAACAGGAAAUUACGCCACUUUUUGUCCUGCGUAUGCCUUUUCCAAGAUGCGUGACCUAGUUUUUCACAGCGUCUCAAAAACCGAGGUACAAGGUUCACUUGAAUAGUUGCAAUGCUGUCUUAACUUUUAUCCCUUUAUGGAGGUAGUGGAAGAAUCUGGGUUUUGGAUUUUUAUGCUUAUACAGUUUAACUCUAUUUAUAAGAUAUUUUAACUAUAUAAGAUACAUUCAUACUAUUUUUUUCAGGUGAUGAAGUACCAUGCUUCUUUUUAAUUUGUUAAGAGCAACUUAUAGAAAAAAAAAAUAGGCAGUUUUAAAAAAUAAAUAUGUGUUACUUAAACUUUAAAUUCAGGGUGUGUGAGAUUACUGAGUUAAAUCUGGGUUUCUUGAGCUCUUGCAUGUAGCUAUAGUGUCUUAUCAAUGUACAUACAAAUACUUGUUAUGAACCCCAUGACUGAUAGAUAUUCAAGAUCUUUCCUGAUUGUGUGUAAACAUAUUCAAGUGAACCUUAAGCAUUUCUAAAACACAUAAAGCUUUUUAUAUAAAGCACAUAAGACAAAAUUUUUUUUAUUUUCUGUGUGGCUUCUCUUUUACUACUGAGAUUAAUUGUUUAUUAAAAAAAAGAAGUGGCUAGAAAACCCAUCUAUUGCAUUGCUAAGAAUUGGGGAUUUUUGAGGACUGGUGGCCUAAAACAGAGUGGUUAUAUACAGUAUACUGCAACUCAUCUUCCAUUUUUUAGGGCAAGCUUUACUUAAGAGUAAUCUUCUGAUUAAUCUUGAAUUGAUACAAAUGUAUCCACUUUGAAACUGUUAAGGAUUCUUUUACUUAUGAGCCCAGUAAUUUCAAUUACUUCUAGGUGGAGUUUUGUUAUGUAUGUUUGUCACUUUUAUUCCUGGUGAGGUUGGAAAACUGUUCAUGAGAAGGUAAUUUCACUCACCUGGCUUUUACUUUUCAUGGCUAAGUUGGAAUGAUUUCAAUUAGUAUCUUUCUUUUGAGACAUUUGCAGAGUAAAUACAUAAAGAUUAUGAUAUUAGGAUAGUCUUGGUUUCUACUGAGAACAAUAAAUUUUUUAUCUCAUUUCAGUGAACCAGUUUUAAAUACUGAACUUAAAUUCACAUGUUAAAUAUAUACCCUUGGAUAGAUAUCUCUGUAAAUCCGGGGCACCUGGGAUAAUAACUGAUGAACAGACUUUUACAAACAGAAUGUGGGCAGUUGUGUUGCAAUUAGCAAUUCCAAUAACCAGUACAGUCUUAAAAAAUGGACACUGUUCUGACAGUGAUCGCAGCAGUACUUUGAACCAAAGGACAUGUUUGAUUUCUACAACUUCUUUGGCAUCAAUCUUUCUCCAGUAUAUGCAGAGUAGCAAAAUCGAAAUACUGACUUUAAGUGAUAGUUUUUAUUGCUGCACUGAUUGUCCCAGAGGAACAGUGGUUCAAUAUCUUGUUAAUUCUGUUACACUUCUGUAAGGGAAUAUGUCUGACAACUAUUGACUGGAGUGUUUUACCUUGGGGACUAUUAACUGUCUUAUUAACAUCAAAAUCUUAAACAGUUUUAAAGAUCCUAUUCCACCAGCAAUGAACAAUUAAAACAUCAACUUUACAGAAGUUUGUACCAAAUGUUAUUACAACAUGCUGUGGAACUAUGUGUGUACAGUGAAAGCAGGCAGUAUUAUUUUUGAGCUUUAUUUAGUCUAGGAAUAGAGUUUAAAGAACAUUACUUUGUGACUUCAGCCUUGCACUUAAAUGGUAAAUGGUUUUGUACUUGAAUCCAAUAUUUGUUCUAAUGUCUGUCUUGUAGUGCUUCUCCCAUAUUCUCUCUUGGUCAUUUUUAAUUUAAUGCAGAAUUCUUGUUUGCUGUUCUGUUUCAUAGUCCUUCGCAUGAAAGUGUAUACAUCUUAUUUCAAGAGCGCUUUAACUUAUUUCAGAUUAUGUCCAACCUUACUGCUUUUUUGUACCAUUUCAGUUGUAAAUGUCAGUAAUCAAAUUGAUCAUUUACAAUGCCAUUGACACUAUUAGCAACAAAUUAGCCUAAGUUUCAGCUUCCUUGCUUCUAAGUGACUGUUCUAAAAUAUUACUAUGGGGAUACACUUUAAAUUUACUUCCACAGAUGUGGUGUUAGAUGUUUUCUAAACUAGUGAUAUACCCUGUUUAUAAAUCUUAUUAAAGAUGUAUUGCUAUUGCAUAGUAUUGUACCUUAGUCUUGUUACUGUGUUAAUUUUUCCUUUUUUUUUUUUCUUUUUUUUUUUUUUUAGUACUGUCUUGGCUGCUUUUGAAAUGUUUUGAAGUAGUAAUAAACUUUUAUUUUGUGAUU